UGUCAUAACAUUCCCGAGAGACGAGAAUGGCAUGUUGUAUUUGUUAUUAAAUCAAAGUAGUGUCUUGAAUAAAUAAUUACCGAUCCCCACCACGGAAUCCAGCUUUCACCAUGGGUACGGCGAUGUUCGCGCGUGUUACGUUCUAUCCCUCGUUACUUUAUAAUGUUUUAAUGGAAAAGGUGACUAGUAGACGAUGGUACGAUAGAAUGGAUGAUCAUGUUAUCCUUGGAGCCCUUCCUUUCCAGGGAAUGACAAAGCAGUUAAUUGAAGAGGAAAACAUCAAAGGUGUUGUUUCAAUGAAUGAGACAUAUGAAUUGAAGAUUUUUUCAAAUGAUGCUGGGAGAUGGCGUGAACAUGGUGUACAAUUUCUCCAAUUAGCCACAACAGAUAUCUUUGAAGCACCAGAUCAGGAUAAAUUAUAUGAAGGAGUCAGAUUUAUUAAUAGAUUUCUUCCAAGUAGUAAUAAGCUGUCUGGAUUACCCCUAGAUGACAAACAAACAAACAGCGGUACUGUAUAUGUACAUUGUAAAGCAGGAAGAACUCGAAGUGCUACGCUAGUUGGCUGUUAUCUUAUGAUGAAAAAUGGUUGGACCCCAAACGAGGCAGUUGAAUAUAUGCGGUCCCGAAGACCCCACAUACUUCUUCAUACGAAGCAGUGGCAAGCUCUAGAUAUAUUCCAUCAGAGACAUAUUAAAUCGUGAUAAAUUUUAUUGUUGAUAGUCAAAUAGAACAUUUAAUAAUACAAAAAAGACAAAAUAAGUAUAAAGAAAUACGACUUUUUUUAACAAAUAGGUCAGCCCCGCUACUAUAUAACUUCAAUGCGACUAUAUUAUUAAAAAUUUCACUAACAAAUAACCCUAAUGACGUCAUCUACCGACGAUAUUCCUUGAAUGCUUGUCAAACUGAAAUGUACGAAGAUUAUUCAUUGAAGUUAUGUGGUAAGCUUGCUGGUGGUUUUAAAUAGAAAGUAAUAUAAUUAUUGUAUGCAAUAUUAAUUUAUUUAUAUCGUAAUUGUUUAUUGGUUCAAAUAGUUCCGUCACUUUGUCUUAUGUAAAUAUAUAUUUUAUUUAGUAUUAAAUAAUUUGCCAUUUAUUUUAUUGGUGGCGGUCUAUAAAAAGGACUAGGAUUUUAAAUGCAAAACAAUGAUAAUAUAUAAAUAAUAUAAUAACAGCUUUUUUUUCUAAGUCCUGUAAUGUUAAUGGGCCAAGUACCAACUAGAAAGUUAAUUCGUUAUAAUGGCUAUCGACUGCGUGAUGUCGAAUACUAGAACUGAUUUUAUAGCACAAUCUUAUUAAUGAUAUUUUAUGAGAUAUCGUUAAAACUGAUAUUGGUCAUUCAAUAAAUAUUCAAACCCUCAUAAAAUGCACAGAAUUAUUACCAUUAUAGAUUAUUUUAAACAAUAAAGAAAUAUACUUUCAAAA